AUGCCUCGCAUGGUCGCCCCCCCUCCAUCUGGCGAGUUCCAGAUUGUCCUCAGCAAGCCUUUUACCGGCGCCCCAACACAUAUGAUUGAAGUCAUUGGCGAGCCCAACCGCCCAGCCAGCAUCCGCAUGUCCAACUACAAUGGCAGCAACAAGUCUUCGGAGAAAAAGGGCGACGUUCCCCAGGAUGACGUCCGCGAACUCAUGUCCCUCGUCUCCACCCUCCGUGGCUUUCCCUCGCACCCCUCAAAGGACAUCUACGGCCUCGACACAAAGGUCGACUUCAACACCAUGGAGAUCCAGUGGGGCAACCUCGACGACGAUGCCGCCAUGCAGGGCGGCGAGGUGGCCGCCGAGCAAAAGGAUGAGUUCAAGCGCAUUGCUGAUAGCAUUGAAGCCCUCGCGAGACAGUUUGCUAAGCAGGAUUCGCCCGUCUAA